AUGCCCCAGACCAAAACUGAAGAAACCAUGUUGCAACACACGCGUCCCAUAGCCCAACGCGUGUUUGACAGUUUCGUUUGGACUUCUCGUGUGAGAUACAGGCUGACAACCGAAGAGAUGAACUGGUUUCAUCAGUCAGUGAGCGACAGGUUUGUCGAGGACUUCAGUGUUCCCUAUCAAGUUCACAACUGGAAGCCUGAUUGGGGGCGAAUUGAUCUAAAAACCAUCGAGGAGCACAUAUCAACCCAUAUAUUUACCACGGAAAUGAGUUAUAUGGUACAGCGCCGCCUUGCUGUCCCCCUGACAGGGUUAAGGGAAAGGCUUGAUGAGGUUCACCCAUUUACAGAUGUCUUGGACCGCUUGGGGCAGCCAAGCAUCAUGUUGAUCAAUUAUGGUGGUCAAACAUUACCUAUCAUGUUACUUGCCUCGAAAAGCAUUGAAGACAAUGAAGGGUGGGGAGCACUGCGCAGCGAAAUAUUAGACAAGAUACCAAAAGCAAACGAAGGCGCAGCCACACCAGUAACCCCAGUUCCAGCAGCUCCGAGCAGCACACCAACCGCGGAGCGCAUGCAGCCACAACCACGCCGGGGCGAACCACCCCCCCACCCCACAGAACACCACCCUGAGGGCCCCAUCCCCCCCCAGUGGAGACUGCCCGACCCUUUGACAGUGUCUCUGCCUCGAAAUACAAGAUCCACUGCCCCCCGUCCGUUGAGUAUCCGGCAGCACGGGUUGGGUACCGCAGGGCGUUCCCCAUUGCUCGAUGCAGUCAAUGCUGGUAUCGGUGUUGACAUCAUUACUCCAGCACAUGCACCUGUGACCCCUGCCAAAACUACCCCUGCCACACCAUCUGCCACACCGUCCGCCACUUCGUUUGACCUAACGGAAUUCAACACUCCUACUGCAACCCAAAGUGGAUCAAGCAUUUGCACCGACUUCCCUGGGACUACCACCGCUCCUGGAUCCAUGCAAUCAGUUUCGAACAUCUCACUGCCAGACAGACGCACCGAUCUAGCACCAACCCAACAUCACCUUCCUCUGACUCAAGCAAAUGUGCAGCAAUUGUCAUCAUCUCAGUUGAGCAGUUUGACUAGUACUCAUAGCAUGAUGGCUGCAACAGAGGUAGGAAGUCAGUCACUCUUUGAGUCAUAUGUGAAUGUACAUACAACUCUGUGGCCGGAGGACAUCGAGAUCAUCACGCUUAAGUCACAACUGGGAUUCACCAACAUUACCAACUUCUGCAACAUGUUGAUGACGGAGUUUGACUGUGGGUAUGAAGAAGCUUCCUUCCUUGCCGAACUGGCAGCUGCAGGGCAUGAUUGA